AACCCGCUUAUAAGAAAGAGUUACAUCGAAUUCCACUCCCUUCCAGUUCUCUGAGAAAGAGCGAAAGAGGCCGGCCGCCCCUACUUCCAGCCUCCACGCUCAGCUCAAGGGAAAGGAAGCAAAGAAAAAAUGGCGUACGCAUUGAAGCCGGCGAAGCAGUUGGGUGCGGAUGAAGGUCCGGAACAAAUUCACAAGAUCAGGAUAACCCUGACCUCAAAAAGUGUCAAGAAUCUCGAGAAGGUUUGUACGGAUUUGGUUCGUGGUGCCAAGGACAAGAUGUUGAGGGUUAAGGGCCCAGUGAGAAUCCCCACUAAGGUUCUGCACAUCACCACCAGGAAGUCCCCUUGCGGUGAAGGUACCAACACUUGGGAUAGAUUUGAACUUCGUAUCCACAAGCGAGUUAUUGACCUCUUCAGCUCGCCAGAAGUUGUUAAGCAGAUUACCUCCAUUACAAUUGAACCUGGUGUGGAGGUUGAGGUUACCAUUGCGGAUAAUUGAAAAUGCGCAACUUCCAUAAUAUCGAUUCCCUGUACUCUUUAGUUUAUCAGAACAAUUGCUUUAGGUGGUAGUAUGAGUGUUUUUAGCGCAUUUUUUAUGUGAAAGAGGAAGGAUUUUAGUUGAUUUUUUUGUUGGAAAGAAUUCUUCAGUUGUGGAUUAAUUUGAAUGAAUACUUAUUUCCAUGUUUGACUAAAUAGCAUUAGAAAUGUUAUCCAGUCUUAUAUUUCAAGUA